AUAUGUGGAGGUUUAAGCUAGAGUCAGAGUGCAGCCACACGGUGAAUGUGUCGUGAGCCCCACUGGUGCUACCCGGAAAUAUUACAAGGGCCGGAAAGGACCAGUGUUAAGGGAGCACACGUCACUCACUUUAGCCCAAAAAUAUUAUCACCGACCAUCCAAAUCCUCCCUCGGCCGUCGAAAUAUUUAGCAAAAGUUCCAUGCAAGCGCAGACCGUCGUAGUGGAAUGGCGUGGAGGCGGCUGCAGUGUCCGUCGGCGUUGAUUUGUGGCCGCUCAGUGUAAAGCGUUCUCUCGGCUCAGCAUCAGUGAAAUGGCUCUGGCUAACGACUGGAAAACAGCACGCAGAAAUGGAAGCGCUCGUAGCUAGCUAGGCGGCGAGAAGAAGAAGAAGAAGAAGGCGUGACAGGCCUCAUCCAUCUACAACUGUGCUCCGCGACUGGAACCGUAGGAUUGCUGGUGUGCAUUAAAACGUGAAGCGGUCGUAUAUUCUACAGAUUAACUCACACAUCUGCCUGGGAAGCUAAUUCUCCGUCUCUGCUCGUCGCAUCGAUCUGAGGAAACGGACAGGUUGACCUCCAUUUGCUGCUCCCUGAGGUCCAGUUUAACACUUAUGACUAAUGAAUAUUUUCAUGCUGAAAAGGUAAACCUGGAUAAGGGACUGAAAUUGUCCUGAUUUAAGAUUUAGGAACUUCUUGGCUGCACACGGAUGAGGACACUUGCUUAGAUGAAGGAAAAUGUCAACGCUGUAACUCAAAGGCAACAAGACGAAGCUAUUAGAACUGCUUCUCAGUAAAGCUGUUAAAAGUAAUUUUGAAAUUAGGUGGAACUCUACUAUCUACUUGUCAAAAAGACACUUUUACCCUUUAAUCGUAAACUCAUCUUCCCCCACUUGUUUUGGAAGUAAAGUGUGGGCAGUGGAUGGUCAAGAGGGAGUAUCCGCACCAGAAGUAAACAAUCUGGAGAAGGAACUUUAGAUUUAAGCUGACAUUCAAGUAGUUGUGAAAAAAAAAAUAGCCUUACCUCAACCUUAAGUCAAGUUUUGUCUUUCACCAGUCAUUGGUGGGAUCAUUUUUGGGCCUAGUGCUUGGAGGUUUGGCCCCUGCACCCACAUGUGCCAGUGAGUGGGAAAUGUUCCAAUUUGGAAAAUACAAUUUGGACAUUAUAGAAAUGUUAAGUGGGCAUCAGGCCCACCAAUUCAAAGGCCUUGGUUUAGAUCGACAACUUCAGCAUCAACAGCAAGUGCAACUUCACCAGCAUCAACUCCAGCAGCAGCAGCAGCAGGCUGAAUCUUCUGGAGCUCUACUGUCUGGACUUGGCUUGGGCCCCCUGCAGGGGUCUAGAGGUAACGCCUUUUCUGAUUCUGCCUCCAUUUUUGCCAAGAUGAGUGCCCCUCCUCCCCCACCUUUACAACAACAGCCCUCUUCAUCUCAAAGCUCUCGUUCAAAGUCAAGCAAGAUGAGCAGCAGCAGCUCAAGCCAUUCCUCAGGCUACCCACAAUUCCUGCGCUCUUUCCAUCCGUCUGAGGCAGCACUAGCACAGGAACAGUUACACUCAGGUGUAGGCCGUUUUGAGCACUUUGCUGGGGGAAGUAGCAGUAGUGGGAGUGCUGGGGGAUUAGGAGGAUUAGUAACAUCAGCACCCCCACCCCCUCCCCCUCUACAUCCUGGCCUUUCUGUCCCCCAAGCAUCACCUGGUCCCUCUUCUUCUCCUUCCCCUUCAACCUCUGUGGCCACCUCCAGCAGCAGUGCAGUCAGCUCAUUGGGACACCAGUUGGUUGGGGCCCAGUCUGAUGCACGCAGCCUUCACCAACAGUUUAGUUGCAUGUUAGCUGCUAAUCAGUAUUUCCUUUCUGGGGUGCCUACUAAUGCUAGUUUAGAGCAAUUUCUUGUUCAACAGGGAACCCAUAACCACUUAGGAAUUGGGUUAAGUCAGACAGGUGGGGAGCCUAGUACUAGCCUUGCUCCGCCUCCCGCUUUGCAUUCUCACUCACAUGCCCACUCCACCUCUCAGUCACAGCAGAAUCCACAGCAGCUUUCCCAGCAGCAACAGCUCCCUCCUCAUACACUUUCUCACCCUCAUUCUCAUCCUCACCACCCGCUUCACCCAUCCUCGCAACCCUCCUCGCUUAGUGGCUUUGAUUUCCAAGGCAUCCCUGUACUGUCAUCAAAUCAGAUAGCAUCUCUGAUGCAACAGGAAGCAGGUUUGCCACUCUCUUUGCCUCUCCAUUUAUCAUUAUCUAAAGAUGAUGGUAAAGGGGAAGGCACUGGAGGUGGAAGUAACAGCAGUAGGAGGAAGAAGGCUAUGGCUGGUUAUUUACCACAGAGAAAAUCUGAUGGUGGUAGUAAUAGCAGCAGCAGCAGCCAUGGUCAUAGCAGCCACAGUGGUAAUCCCAGUAGUAGUAGUGGAGGGCUUAGUCAUGGUCAACCACCAGCUUUAAUUGGGAGUGGGGUAGGAAUGUCUAAUAUGGGUGGAGACCCAUCAUCACUUCUUGCUUCAUCAUCAUCAUCCUCAUCAGUAGUUUCUUCCUCUUCCUCUUCUGCUCCCUCUUCCACUGCUGCCUCAGUUCUAGUUACUAAUGAUUCUCACCUUUCUAAAUCUGAUAACCAGAACUCAUUGCAGCCCAACCCCACUGACACCGUUUAUAGCUGUGGGGAUUGUGGCAAAAGCUUCCCUCACCUUUCAAGCCUUCGCAGGCAUUUGCGCAUGCAUGAGCCAACCACAGCAGGCACUAGCAAUACUGCCACUACUGGCCCAAACCCUAUUCACAUUAAAAUGCAAUCAGACCCAAGCCUACCCCAUUCGACCCAAGAAACUAUCCAACCCACAUCCAAUUCUUGUCCUAGCCCAGACAAACUAUUUAAUUGCCCUGAUUGUGGCAAAGGCUUUAAGAAAAAAGGGCACCUCCUGCAACAUGGUGUGAUACACUCUUCUGCCCGCCCAUAUGGCUGCUCCACCUGCUCUCGGGCUUUUAAUCGUAGAGAGUCACUGACACGCCAUGAGAAGAUACAUGAGGAAAAGCCCUUCCGAUGUCCUGCCUGUGGUCGUGCCUUCCGUGAGAGCACAUCUCUUCUCAACCAUGCUGCCUCAGGCACCUGCGGCAAGCCAGGCUACCAUGAUGAUCAUCGUUCUCAAGGCAAUCCAUCUCCAUGCUACUCUGGUGCCUCUCCCUGUGGAAGUGGGAUGGCGGGCCCAGCUCUGAGAAAGGCACCCUUGGCCCCAACACUGCAUCCACACUCACAGAGCCACAGCCAGCUCCACCAUCCGCAGCAACAGCCCCACCUGCCCCUUUCUUCUCUACUGGAUGACUCAGAGGAUGAUGUCACUAGCUCUGUCAAUAAUGCAAUCUCUGCUAUAACAGCAGCUAGUAACAGUGGAAAUAGAGGGGAUGAUAGGGGAGACAUCAUAGGAGGUCUGCUAGGUGGUCUUGGUCUAGGUCCUCUGAGCUCACCUUCAUCCACAUCUGGUAUGGAUAAGAAUUUCAGAGGUGGUGGGAGUCAGGAGGCUCUGAGUACCAACCCACAGAAUCCCACAUCCAAACCAAAACGUCCCCGUAAACCCAGAGCCAAGAAAGAUCCUGCAGUUGGGGGACAACCCCCCAAACGUAGGCAAUACACCCCCAGAAUGGGGCCCAGUGGGCUCCCACGCACUCACCUGUGCAGUGUCUGUGGUAAGGGAUUUGCACGUCGCGAGACGCUACGCAGACAUGAUCGCAUCCAUACUGGAGAAAAGCCCCAUCACUGCACAAUUUGUGGAAAGUAUUUCAGAGAGGCUUUUCACCUGAGCAAACAUCAAACAGUCCACUCUGGGGCGAAAAAUUUCAAAUGCAGCAUCUGUGGGAAAGAAUUUGGUUACUCCCAGAGCCUCAGAAGGCACAGCAAGCUGCAUCAGAAAGGGGAGCUGGAAGAGGUGCCUACAACACCAGCUGCAGAAAACCCUAACAGCUUUAACCCAAACCCUCAAUGUAGCGUGGCCCAAGACAGGAGCCAGAACCAAGUACCAAGCACCUCCUCCUAUUACUCCUAUCCUCAAGAUGUCAAGCCUCAAGAUACCAAUCCCCAGGCACAGCCUCCACCCCCACCCCAACCACAACCCUUACCUCCACCUCGACUCUACACCUGUGCUAUUUGUUGGAAAUCUUUCCGCCAUCACUUUCACCUGACGGCUCAUCACCAGACAGUCCAUGAAAGUGGGGGUGAAAAGCUCUUCAGUUGUGAGGUCUGUGGGAAAGCAUUUGCCUACUCCAAUAGCCUCACUCGACAUAAGCAGUCACAGCAUGGCCUGACACGUAGUGAACAGUCUAACCCACAAGACGGCAGCAGUGGGUCUGGAGACAACCGAGGUGGGAGUGAUGUUAAUCAGUCGACAUCAGAGAGUGAGGCUGCCACCAAUGUCCUGCUACAGAUGGCUCCUCCCACAGAAGGCCAUGGAGAGGAGAGUCUGAGUGUUGUGACUCAUAGCCAUCAACAGGCACCCUCACACCAUCCAGCUGGUUACUCUCCCCUUUUUUAUGAUGCUGCAGCAGCUCAAACAUCAGCUUCUAAUGCCCCAUCUUUCUCACAGCCUCUGCCUCCAAACUCUACAAUCAUGCCCCCGCAGCACCCACACUCACCAGCCGGGGUGAAAGGAGAGCACAUAUACCCAGCUGGAUCCCGUAGCCGUACACUUCACACCACAGCCCCAUUCCAGCCCCUCACGGAACUACCUUCCACUGAACAUCAUCAUCUGCAUCACCAUCAUCAUCACUCCCACCAUCAUCCUCAUCAUCUGUCAGGUACCCAGUCCCACCAGCAACUUGGCUGCAGCAUCCAGUUAUCACAUGAUGAAAUGAGACGACACAAGAAGAAAAAAAAAAAGUCCAACAGGACAGAUUGGAGAGAAAAUAAGUGUGAACCCCAAGGUUUAGUCAGAUUUGAUGGAAGUAAAAAGAAGAGAAAAAUUAGUUGUACAAUAAGAGGGCAAUUGAAUAAAAAACAAGGCUCUCUUCGUUUGACAAUUAGGCGUGGAGGAGGAACAGGUGGUGGUGGGUAUAAGCUUGUCAACCCUGGGGGAAUGAAGGUGCAGAUCCUGUCAUCUCUCAAAGUCCCAGUGAAACGUUUUGGCUGUCCAAUAUGCCCCAAUUCUGUGUUUUCCUGUAAAGCGGGACUUCUCGUCCACAUGGCAGUUAAGCAUCCACAAAAAGCCUCCACCGCUCAAGAGCGACUAAGUUGCUGUGUAUGUGGGAAGCAGUCUCACAGGCCUUUGGCAGCCUUCAUUCAUCGGGCCUCCCAUCGCGCCAGAGGGACUUUCUCCUGCCGACGCUGCUCUGCUCGCUUUUGGAAUGCUACACUGCUUCACAGGCACAAGGUGUCCUGCCGCCGUCGUGCUAAAGGAUUGCAGCGAGGAGAUGCCAACAGGCUGAAGCUUUCAAAGAGACCAGGAGAGAGACAGACCUGUGAAGCUCAGGAGGAAAUGCCACUCCUACGGGAACCGUACCGAUACUGAGCAUCUUCACAUAAGAGGACUUUUUCAGGUCUAAAAUGGGAAUCUGAGAAAAAAAAAAGGGACAUGAAAAGGCAUUUGUUGCCUUUUAGAUGAAUUUGUUUCAUGUCUCUGUUGACAUUGUUCUGCUGACUUAUUAGAAUGAGUGUGUUAUCAACUACUGUAGAGCAUCCUAUAAAAUAUCACCACAAAUUCUUCCACUUUAUAUUGGAAGGUGUCUUCAAAGACGUGACUGUUUGCAUAGGAUCAUUAACCCCUUAAGUGCAUUGACACUAUGCUUGGCUGACACUGUGCAGUUACUAGACAAGUUUAGGUGAAAUUACCUGCUAAUGUAUCUCUUUACCCUCUUAACUAGAAUCCCUGCUACACUUUUUUGCUGUAUGAUAAACGUCUCUGCUCUGUACUAUGUCUUGUUGUUGUUCACGUAGAGGCUCUGAGGAUUUUUUUUUUAUGUAAAGUGCAUUUAUUAGGUUUAGGGACAUGGGGACAAAUACCUUUUGUUGAUAGUUUGUCAGUGCAUGUUUGUUCUCUGGUCAAGUUUUUUGCUGAGGUUGUAAAAUCACUCCUACAGUAUGUGAUGGUUUAUUCAGUAUAUCCCCAGAAGUUUGUAGUGUACAACUUGAUUUUAAAGUAACUCUAUAUUCCCUAGUGAUUUAAUCACUCAUAGAUAAAAUGUCAAAGUUGCUGGUAAUUAGCAUUUCAAGGAUUCUGUGUCCCGCCAAAAUGAAGAAUCUUACAAAAGCCUUGCUUAUUAUGUUCACUUUACUGCAUUUAUUUGAUAUUCCUAGCUUUUAUACAAAGAGAUUGAAAACAAGUGGACUGUAACACAAUGUUUAUCUCAUGGUAUUUGUAUGCUCUUUUUAGCGGUGAUUAUUUCUACAGUACUUCACAGCGUGUUUAAGACAAGGACCUAUAAUAAUAAUAAUAAUAAUAAUAGAAGCUAAUGUAAUAUUCCAUGUAUUUACGUGUGUAACCCAAUCUGUUUUCAUGCCAAUCUUACACUUAACCCCCCUUUAUGUUUUUACUUUUUGCUGAGUUGCAAUCAUACUCUUACUGUCAAACCUUGUUUUUUUUUCUUUUGAAGAUAAAACAAGCUCAUCUUCAUUCACAUACAAAGUGUUCAUACCCUUGUCAAGCCUCAUUUUAUUUCUUCUAAAGGAAAAUAAUAGUUUUAGUAGAUUUCUAUCACAUUAUUUACUGAGAAGUCAGUAGUUGAUUAUAUUUCAACAAUGAAUAAACCUUAAGUGUAA